AUGACAAACUUGGUAGCCGCCUCUCCUGACAUCAGUGAUGUGUCAUUUGACCGCUUGUACACUGCCAUUGUCCAGUGUUUUGUCAUCAUACUGUCAGGAUACAUAGCAGGUCGAGCAGGGCUAGUGACGUCUGUUCAAAGUGCUGGCAUCGGAACUUUUGUGUCCAAAUUCUGCUUGCCAGCACUGCUGUUUAAGAGCAUGUGUGAGCUGAACUUUUCCCAGGUGAACUGGAUGUUCCUGGUGGGUAUUCUAAUAGCCAAGGCAUCAUUGUUCAUCAUUGUGGGUCUGGCAACCCUGCUGAUCAAGAGACCCCUCAACUUGGGCUACGCUGGCAUUUUUGGCAUCUUUGCCACUCAGAGCAAUGACUUUGCCUUAGGAUAUCCAAUAGUUCAAGCAUUGUAUGGGAAAACACACCCUGAGUACCUGAAAUAUCUUUACCUGAUUGCUCCGAUUUCACUUGUUCUCCUGAACCCUAUUGGCUUCACCUUAAUGGAGAUCCACAAGCACCAUGCAAUUCACGAUGAAAGCAGAGGCCAGGGUUUCAGGCGGGCAACGAUGCAUGUCUUGAAAGGGGUGGUCAUGAAUCCCAUUGUGUUUAUGACAGUCAUUGGUGUUGCUGGAAAUUUCAUUUUCUCUGGAUCUGUGCCUGAUAUCAUUGAUGGUAUUCUCAGUGUCCUAGGUAAGUUAUAUGCUGCCAUAAUGGAAUCAGUACUUCUCAUUACAGCUAAAAAUUUACUGCUUCCAUUGAUUACUUGGGAAGUAGUCGAGUGGCUGGAAACUGGCAAUGACACAACAUCGUACAGCAUGUAUGCAUUUCUGUAUGGCACAUUCCCCUCAGCUCCAUCGGUCUUCUUAUAUGCAAGUAACUACGGAAUUGCUGAAGAUGUGAUUGCCACAGGUUUGGUGCUAGGGACAUUCCUGUCUGCCCCCCUGAUGUUUGUCUCAGCCAAGAUGAUGACACUUAUCGUGGUCUCGGGAACAGACUACAGGCAACUGUUGACCAACACUUCCUUUGACAUUAGUUUCAUCAGCAUUGCAUGUUGUCUGUGGGUUAUUGGCAUCUUUGUGAUGAAUGGUAAAUGGAGAAGGAUACCACAUAAGUUCACCAUAAUGCUUAUGUUCUCACAUAUUCUAUCAUGUGUUGGCAUGAUCAUCUUUUACUACCAUGGGAACACACAAGGCUGGCAACAUUAUUGCAUUGUUAUUAUCUUGUUGGUGGGAGUGUUUGCAACUCGCUGUUGGACAGCAGUCAUUGCUGUUGCCUUAUGUCUACUGCAUGUUCGCAGUCUAUGCUAUGUGUUGCGCAAGAGCAUAUGGUUGUAUUUUUUUGGAUUUGGAGUCCCUGUCUUCACAACUGGUGUUUUAUUUAUCCUAGGAGCACAUGAAAUCAGUGGUGAAAUUGAUCCAUCAUUUCAUUACGUUUUCUCACUGGUGAUCAUCACCUUCUCCAUCAUCGUCACAAUCACGUCCCUUGUCUGGUGGCAGAGAAUCGAAAGACAAGCACACCAUCAUAUUGAGAGUCAGUAUUCAAAACAAGUCGGUUAUAACGGCUGUGAGGAUGCAGAGCACCCUGUUCAGGACUGUGACCAAGGAGUUAAUACUGAAGACCCAGGAAUUAGCAUACAAGAAGCACUGGCCUUACCGCCUACAGACAAAAACUGCCAGCUGUACAGUGAAAAGAAAUUACUGAAAUCAUCAAGUAUAGAAGACCUGCUUCCUUACCCAAGCUCUGAUCCUGACUUAGGGGAUGCAUCAGACCUAAUGCAAAACAUCUCUGAGAGAACAUGUCUUCUGGGUCAGUGCAGUACAGAGCAGAGGCAUGCAUGCAUGAACAGGCUGCGGUCUUACACAGCAAAUGUACUGGUCAGCAGUGAUAGUCCUCAAGAGAUGGAUGUCAAGUCCACAAAAGAGAUGAACAAGGAGGAGUACCAAACAGCUCAUCAUCUUAUAUUGCUGCUGCUUCUGCUGCUGUCAAUGUUCAUUGGCUUGUUUUUGUGCAUCUGGCGCAUAUUUCACAACCAACCGACAGGAAUUUAUGUGGAGAUAGAAUUUCUAGACUGUGUGUUUAACUAUGGACAGGGUGUGAUUAUCCUGAUGGUGUUUGGUUUUGACACAAGACUAGUGUUUUCUCCUAUUGUUAGAAGACAGAUGUCUAAAUAUAGAUUUAUCUAUAUGACAUAUGUUCGACUGCGACGUUAUUUAUUUGGAAACGACAUGGUCCGGCUUCCAAAACUCUCUGACCUAGAUUCUGAUACAAAGCAGACGUGUCAGCAGUUCACAGAUUACCAUAAAGAGAAUUGUGCUCGAGAGAUUGUCAGAGACCGAAG